AUGGUCGACAACGGAGACCAACUUUCCUUCUAUGGCUACAUGCUUGCCUCAUUCGGCUUGAGUUCAUCUGGCUUUGGUCGCGCAUCGUUUCUGAAAAUAUGCAUCUGGGCAGCACGAGACCUCGACUCGACGUGGACGAGCGGCGAGGGAGCUACGCGCGGAGAACCCGACGCCGAGGAUCCCUCAAUGAUCAAUCACCAAGACAUGUCGGCGCAGCCAAGUGUCCCAGUCGAACUGCACGCCCUCCCUCCCUCCCUCAUCUGGGUGGCCGCACGCGUAUACGCAUCUUCCGCCUACUACAACUGGACCCAGUGA